UUCUGAACAAUGGUGUGUGCCUUGUCUUGAUGUCUCCUUAUUAUAGGUUCUUCCCCUGGAAAACCAAAUGAGGAACAAGAAAGAGUUUUCAAAAGCUUUGAACAUUGGCAUGGCAAUAGUGACAGUUUUGUAUAUCUCUCUGGCCACAGUGGGGUACCUGAGCUUUGGAGAGAAAAUCAAAGGCAGCAUCACUCUAAACCUUCCUCAAGAUUCCUGGGUGUACCAGCUAGUGAAGGCUCUGUAUUCCUUUGGAAUUUUUGUAACCUACGCCAUUCAGUACUACGUUCCUGCUGAAAUUAUCCUUCCACUUGUUACAUCAAGAAUAUCCAAGAAGUGGAAGCUAGCUUGUGAACUUGCCAUGAGGACUCUGCUAGUCUGCAUAACCUGU